UUAGACGUGAACAGGAAGAACCCUGUUACAUUGUGUAAAAGGUACUUAAGCAACAGAGAGGACGCACACAAACAUUAAGAGCAGCAGGAAGAGAGGCAUUCAGCUCAGGAGAACAAAUAAUGACACAGCUCCAUCUCGACUACUACAGGGACUGACAGAACUGUGAAGUUGACAGAAUGCUGAUGAACCAAACAAACCAAACGGAGGACGAUCUCUUCUCCUGCUACAGUCCUUCAGUUGUAGGCUACCGGUACUUUGCUGUGCUGUGGGGAUGUGCUGUAACUAUCACUGGGACGCUGGGGAACCUGAUGACCAUUCUAGCCUUCACCUUAGACCCACGUCUGAGGACUCGCUUCAAUGUGCUCAUUGUCAACCUGGCUGUAGCUGAUCUCCUGUACUGCACAAUGCUGCAGCCCAUCUCAGUUGAUUCCUAUCUGCACCUCAGAUGGCGCAGUGGAGGAAGUUGGUGCAGGAUAUUUGGCCUGCUCCUCUUCCUCUCCAACUCUGUUUCCAUUAUCACCCUCUGCCUGGUGGCAGUGAGCAGAUAUCUCUUGGUGGCUAAAAGGGCUCUGUUUGACACUGUAUUUUCUAACCGUGGUCUUAUUUUACUUCUCAUCUCAGCUUGGGCAGUCAGUCUGGCCAGCUUUAGCCCACUCUGGCCUGUUUACGUGUUCGUGCCACAGGUUUGCACAUGCAGUUUCCAUCGCACCAGGGGUCGUCCCUACACCACCAUCUUGCUGUUUUUCUACUUUUUUGUCGGGCUGGGCUGUGUUGGUGCAUUCUACAUGCUCAUUUACAGACGAGUUCAGAUCGCAUCACAAGCUCUGCUCCGCUACAGGCUCAGCCGCCGCUCAUCCAAGAAGAAACCAGCAUCGUCAACUCAAGGGACCAAUGACACUGUUAUAGACAGUGGUGUGGUAAAGACAUGUAGCUCUGAGAUGAGCAGCCAGCCAGACCUGGCCCAAAAUGUUGAUGAAAUCAUCUCUGAAAAAUCAUCCAAAUUGAACCAGAAUUUAUCAACAGACAGGAAUCAUGUCCCUGAUACCAUCCGUGCAUCACCUGCAAUCGCACAUGCUACCACCACUGCAGCUCCCUCCUCCCACUCUACAGCUUCAGGAGAUGAUGGUGAAUUUAAGUGUGUGACAAAGAUGUGCUUUACUGUUUUCCUGUGUUUUGUGUUCUGCUUCGUUCCCUUCCUGCUGCUGAACAUAGCUGACAAACACAACCGCGCCCCACAGGUACUGCACAUGUUCUGCGCAAACCUCACCUGGCUCAACAGUUGCAUCAACCCCAUGCUCUACGCUGUCAUGAACCGUCAGUUUCGACAGGCCUACCAUGAGCUGCUCACCAAGGCUGCAGCGCCGUUCACCCGCCUCUGGAUACAGUGGCAGCCUGUGAGAUCCUGACUUCAUAUAUCUGAAGCUUUAAACAUGGUACUAGGCGCAUGAUAUAUGAUACAGCUAUCAUAUUAUGCUAUUUAUAUUCAGCCAUGAUCAACUGUCACUUUUCUGUAUGAUGAAUUAAAUUUGUGUUACUGUACAAGCAUUUCAGCAGAACCUCCUUAACAGUUCUAUAUAUUUUUUUAUUUGAAGGCAUUUUUUAACAGCUGGUUGCUUAAUAUAGUAGAUGACAUUAUUGUUUUUAUGUUAUUAAUAAAUUCUAUUUUGUGAUAAGUAUUUCAUAGUUGCAUCAAGACUUUUUUGUAGACUUUAAACAUGUCAUGUUUUUACAUCAUAUGAAAAACCCCCAAUGCUACAAAAUCAGCACAGGAUAUUCCUGCCUAACGUAAUAUGCCUCACUGUGUCAAAUCAGGAACUGGUGACUCAGGUCUCUGUCUCAACUCUGGAUUGCCUCUGCUGAUGGUGUAUGACUAAAAGAAAUCUCAGGUGACCUCAGUUUAACAUGUAGGUGAAUAUAGGCAUAUCUAAUUGUGUUGAGGCAUUUAUUUAUUGAGACCUGAGGACAUGUUGAGAAAAUGUUGCCAGCUGAAUGAGGGAAAAGAAAAAAACUGUACUUGAUGCCAAGAUGAAACAAUGAAUUAACUGUUUUGAGUUACCUGUAAGGUUAAAAUUGACUGUAAUAGUUUUCUCUGUGUAAAUAUUCUAGACUUUCAGAUAAUUGAUAGUAGGGAAAAACAUCUGUCGAUCUUUAACAACUGAACGCUUUUAUGAAAACAAUUGUUGUAGCCACAGUUUCAACUCUUGACCUUGAAGUGACCUCUUACUCAAACAAUUUGAGUACGACAAUAGAAAAACCAAACACAUUCAUUCAUGCAUUUUCUUUAACAAUGGUUCUUGUAACCAUUGCAAAGUGGAUAAACUCAAUAGGUCUCCAGUCUAUCACAGGGCUACCACAGAGUGACAGAGUUAAAAGUUAGCAUGUAAGCAUAGCAUCUGUGCCAUAUUUGAAAGAAUUAGUCAUUUAUUGUUAAGAUGUUUGAUUGCAGAUUCCACACUUCCAUUAUAACAGGGUUCUUGUAGUUGAUGAUGCAAAAAAGAAAAAAAAAAACACACAUUAUGUUCAUUUACAACUUUUUGAAUGGAA